AUGGAUUCAUCGCAUUCCUCCAGCAACGCAACCCCUCUGUGCUUCUCCAUCAACAGCCCUCCGUUCGAAUACAACCACACCGUUGCUUCGGCGUAUUUCUCGGUCGUGUUUAGCGGACUGGGUCUCAGCUCCAACCUCUUCGCUUUGGUGGUGCUGGCCAAGACGUUCCAUCACACCAAAAGUCGCGCUCGUUCCAACUUCCUGCUCUUCCUCGGCGCCCUGGUGUUCAUCGACUUCAUGGGACUACUGGUGACGGGCUCCAUCGUGGUCUCCUUCCACAUCACGCGCUUCAACUGGCGCGAACUGGACCCUCACUGCCACUUCUGCAACUUCAUGGGCAUGUCAAUGAUCUUCUACGGCCUAUGCCCGUUGCUGCUCGGUGCCACCAUGGCCAUCGAACGUUUCAUAGGCAUCAACCGACCGUUCGCUCGUUCCUCGAGCAUGACGAAGAACCGAGCGUGCUCCACGGUGGUCAUGGUUUGGAUUACGGCCGGCUGUAUCAGCCUGCUGCCCCUCACCGGGCUAGGAAGCUACCACCUGCAGAUGCCCGGCUCCUGGUGUUUCCUCAACAUCAGCUCCAAACCUCUGGAUAUGACCUUCAGCCUGAUCUUCUCGCUGGUCGGCUUGUUGUCGAUCGCCGUGUCCUUUCUGCUCAACACGGUGAGCGUGAUCACUCUUCUGAAGGUGUGCUGUGGACAGGACAGCCAACAGCGGAGACGAGAUUAUGAAGUGGAGAUGAUGGUGCAGCUCAUCUUGAUCAUGGUCAUCGCCUCCAUCUGCUGGUGCCCACUACUGAUUUACAUAUUGAGGACAGUUGUGUUGUCCGAACCUGUCCAGCCGCAUAGCAUUCUGUUUUUUCUUCGAAUGGCCACCUGCAAUCAAAUAUUUGACCCCUGGAUUUACAUCUUAUGUCAAGAGUCUAGACUGAGGUGUUUAUUGCGAAGACCGUGUUGUCGGGCAGCAGGCUCGAAGUUCGCUACCUUCUUCUCUGGCUUCGUUUUGCGACGGGGAACCAGGUCUUGGAUCCCUGGGUCUACAUCUUAUUCCGACGUUCCGUACUGAAACGUAUCUACCCCAGGAUGGAUUGGUCCCGUGGCUCCAUCAUCAGCCUGUACCCGUCCUUUUCCACCUCUAUUCGCAAGCUCACGCGCGGCUCGCUGGGAGGAACGCUCGGACAAUUGGAAAAUCCAGACGGGGCCAAA